CUUCGCAUCAAAACUUGGAAAUAUCCAGCCUUAUUUCCAAAACAUUCAACAAUCACACCGCCCAUCAUGUCGGAAGAAAGAGAAAUCGAACAGGCGCAAUCUACAGAGGUGGCCGCCCCGGCACCCAAGAAAGUCAAGAAGAUCAUCCGAAAGAAGCGGCCGGCGCGACCUCAAGUCGACUCGUCCUUCAUAACCUCCGAACCGCCACCACAGACCGGAACCAUCUUCAACAUCUGGUACAACAAAUGGUCGGGCGGCGACCGCGAAGACAAGUAUCUAUCGAAAACCCACGCGAAGGGACGAUGCAAUGUGGCCAAAGACAGCGGGUACACGCGAGCGGAUAAGGUGACGGGGUCGUACUUCUGUCUGUUCUUCGCGCGCGGCAUCUGUCCCAAGGGCCAAGACUGCGAGUACCUGCACCGACUUCCGGGCAUCCAUGACCUGUUCAACCCGAACGUCGACUGCUUCGGCCGCGACCGACACUCAGAUUAUCGGGACGACAUGGGCGGUGUCGGCAGCUUCAUGCGCCAGAACCGGACCGUCUACGUCGGCCGCAUCCACGUCACCGACGACAUCGAGGAGAUCGUCGCCCGCCACUUUGCCGAGUGGGGCCAGGUCGAACGAAUACGCGUGCUGAACACCCGAGGCGUCGCCUUUAUCACCUACACCAACGAGGCGAACGCGCAGUUCGCCAAAGAGGCUAUGGCCCAUCAAUCUCUAGAUCACGAAGAAGUUCUUAACGUAAGAUGGGCGACGGUGGAUCCGAAUCCGAUGGCACAGGCACGCGAGGCAAGGCGUAUUGAAGAGCAGGCCGCGGAGGCCAUCAGGAGGGCGUUACCAGAAGAAUUCGUAGCGGAGAUCGAGGGCCGGGACCCAGAGGCAAGGAAACGGAGGAAGAUCGAGAGUAGCUUUGGCUUGGAGGGAUACGAAGCCCCGGAUGAUAUCUACUUCGCCCGCGGCGCGCAAGCAGUCAAUCCGGCGGGUAGAAGGGGUUACGAAUUAGAGCACGAGCAACGACUAAUGCUUGAAAAUGGCGACGGAACUACCUCUGCCCUCGCAGCAAUUGAGGCACCACAACAACAGAACGCAGAACAAGCAGGAGGAAUCUUUUCAAGCAGUGCAUUAGCAGCGUUGAAGACUGCGAAGGUCUCAGCAGCCCCUAAAGUACAGGUGGCAUCAUCAGGACCGUUAGUUGCGUACGGUAGUGAUAGCGAGGACGAUGAAUAGGCGUUUGGACAUUACGGAAUCACGAUGUAUCCUAAAGACAUCGAAUAAUGAAUUGUACAUACAUAUAAGCCCACGCGCAUCCCAUCCCAUAGAUACCAAUGCUCAGCG